AUGUCGGGUGGCAAUAGCAACAAGGCCGCAUCAAACACGUCGGCUCUGAGCGUCGUGCACCGGCACGGCCCGUGCUCGCGGCGGCGCGCCGUCUCAUGCGGAGAUCCUGGACCAGGACCAGGACAGGGCCAACUCCAUAUACACAAAAAGAUAGCUGGCCCGUCGACGAUCACCCCGGCCCGUGCCUCGAAGAGCGCGUCCCUUCCGGCGGGCAUAUCUCUUGGCACCGGCGACUACAUCGUCUCGCCGUGUACGGACUGCGACGAGCAGCAGGACCCGCUCUUCCACCCGGCGCAGUCGUCGACGUACUCCGCCGUGCCCUGCGGCGCCCCGGAGAGCGAGGAACUGGACUCGCAGAGCUGCUCGUCGGACAACAAGUGCCACUCCGGGCUGUUCGGGAAGGCCGACGGGCUCUUCGGCCUCGGCCGCGAGAAGGUGUCGCUGGCCUCGCAAGCGGCGGCUAAGUACGGUGCAUACGGGCUUCUCCUACUGCCUGCCGUCGUCGUCGAGCGCCAGGGGGUGCCUAUCCCUCUGCGCAGCAGCUCCGGCGAACGCGCAGUUAACGGCGAUGGUGGCCUGGUGGGUGACCCGCAGAGGUCAAGGUCGCCGGCCGCGCAAUCAAGAUCCCCACCGACCGUGUUCGCGACGGCCGGCACGGUGAUGCACUCGAGCACCGUGAUCACCCGCCUCCCCGCGGGUUUUUCUGAUGAGGACUCUGACGAUAUUUCAGUUGUUUUAUAUCCUGGAAGCUGCAAACUCUGUAGCUCACGGAUCACGCUUUGGCCAGCUAUGGCGCCGGGCGGGAGGCUGAUAGCUCGUGAUCAGCGAUAUUGGAAGAUCUCUUCCGCCGUCAGCACGCUCACACAGAAACACAAGCAUCUUCGUCUUCUUUCGUGGUAG